AUGUCGCUGCAGGUCCCCUACCGAGGAAAGGCGUCCCAAGAGGGCGCAACCAAGGCCGUCAUCCUGGUUGGCGGUCCUUCCAGAGGAACUCGAUUCCGCCCCCUCUCCCUCGACGUCCCCAAGCCCCUCUUCGAAGUCGCCGGCCACCCCAUCAUCUGGCACUGCCUGACGGCCAUCGAGCGCGUUCCCGGCAAGGAGAUCACCGAGGUCCUCAUCAUCGGCUACUACGAGGAGUCCGUCUUCCGCGACUUCAUCAAGGACGCCACCAAUGAGUUCCCCAACCUCUCCAUCAAGUACCUGCGCGAGUACGAGGCCUUGGGCACCGCCGGCGGUCUCUACCACUUCCGCGAUGCCAUCCUCAAGGGCCGCCCCGAACGCCUCUUCGUCCUGAACGCCGACGUCUGCUGCUCCUUCCCUCUCCACGAGAUGCUGCAGCUCUUCCACGACAAGAGCGCCGAGGCCAUCAUUCUCGGCACCCGCGUUUCCAACGACGCCGCCACCAACUUCGGUUGCAUCGUGAGCGACGCCCACACCCGCCGCGUCCUCCACUACGUCGAGAAGCCCGAGUCGCAAAUCAGCAACCUGAUCAACUGCGGUGUCUACCUCUUCUCCACCGACGCCAUCUUCCCCUCCAUCAAGACCGCCAUCAAGCGCCGCACCGACCGUCCCUCCCGCCUCGUCUCCUACCCGAGCUCCGAGAACCUCGAGAACAGCUUCAUCCUCAACGACGACGACGAGGAGCGCAAGAACGAGGUCAUCCGCCUCGAGCAGGACAUCCUCGGUGACCUCGCCGACACCAAGCACUUCUUCGUAUACGAGACCAAGGACUUCUGGCGCCAGAUCAAGACCGCCGGCUCCGCCGUCCCGGCCAACGCCCUGUACCUGCAGAAGGCCUGGCAGAGCGGCUCCAAGGAGCUCGCCGAGCCGAGCGCCAACAUCAUCGCUCCCGUCUUCAUCCACCCCACCGCCCACGUCGACCCCACCGCCAAGCUGGGCCCCAACGUCUCCAUCGGCCCCCGUGUCCACGUCGGCCCGGGCGCGCGCAUCAAGGAGUCCAUCGUUCUCGAGGACUCGGAGAUCAAGCACGACGCUUGCGUUCUGUACUCAAUCAUCGGUUGGGGCAGCCGCGUAGGCGCCUGGGCCCGUGUCGAGGGUACCCCCACGCCCGUUGGCAGCCACACGACGAGCAUCAUCAAGAACGGCGUCAAGGUCCAGAGUAUCACCAUCCUCGGCAAGGACUGCGGUGUCGGCGAUGAGGUGCGGGUGCAGAACUGUGUUUGCCUGCCGUUCAAGGAGUUGAAGAGGGAUGUUGCAAACGAGGUCAUCAUGUAA